AGUCUUGCCGGCUCGGGACUGCGAGGGCGCACUUGGAAGCACCAGAGGGUGGGAGGGAGGAGAAGGACUUGUCCACGGGCCGCCGGUCCGACCAGCCGCACCGCGCCACCGCACUCCACGGCCUCGGUCUUGCCGCCUCGGGUAGAAUUGCACGAUUGUUUCCAACACUAAAGAAGUCCGGGGCAAGUGCGGGGCCGGAGCAGACUAUGGCCGUCACGCUUCGGAAUUUACCGUGACGACAGGAAGUGGUCUGCAAAUGGCAGCGCGUGUUUUGAAACGUCUGCGUCGGCCUGGACGCUAGAAAUGCAGGUGUUCGGAGAGAAAGUGAUGGAUUAUGAACAAUGUGACGCGCCCCCUACUGACAACUCCAUCAAAAGAGGAGCUGUGUCCAAGAAGACUCAUUUGACUCAGAUUGAAGUUAUCCCUUGCAAGAUCUGCGGUGAUAAAUCCUCUGGAGUGCAUUAUGGAGUCAUUACAUGUGAAGGCUGCAAGGGAUUUUUCCGGCGUAGCCAGCUGCCCACAGUGUCCUACUCCUGUUCCAGGCAGAGUAACUGUAUCAUCGACCGGUCCAGUCGCAAUCGCUGUCAGCACUGCCGUCUGCAGAAGUGUUUGGCCCAGGGCAUGAGUAAAGAUGCUGUGAAGUUUGGCCGGAUGUCCAAGCGUCAGCGGGACUCUCUCAUCGCUGAGGUGGAGCGACACCGACAGCAGCAGCAACAGCAGCAGCAGCAGCAGCUCCAAAUGGAGGCCCAGCCAGGCCUACCCUACAACGCCAAAGAGCGCCAACAUUGCCCCCCACAGCCCCUUCAACCCAUGACAUCAACCUGCUCCUACACUGGCGACUCUGAGCUGCUGUUCUUCACUUCCGAAGUUCACCCCUACUUGCUGUACUCCCCCAACCAGCCACAAGUGUCUGAUAUGAUCUACAGAAGCUCCGGCGUAUCGCCCUCGUCCAGAGCCCAUGUGAGAGAGGACAACAAUGGACACGCUUCUAUUAGAGGAUUGGAAUCCAGACCGUCCUCACAUGACCCAAUGGCGAUUGAUCCUUAUAAUCAACCAGAGGAUCCCCACUUGCCCUAUCCUCACGCUCUGCGCAAUAUAGAUGAGCUGUGCGACAGAAUUGUGCGCUCCAACAAAGACACCUGUCAGUACCAAGCAGAGGAGCUGCAGGCGCUCAAGUGGAAAAUGUUCAGCAGAGAGGAGAUCCAAGCCUACCAAAGCAAAUCGGUGGAUGAAAUGUGGCAGCACUGUGCCAUCCGGCUGACCGAUGCCGUGCAAUACGUGGUGGAGUUUGCAAAACACAUCCCGGGAUUCCGUCUGCUCAGCCAGAACGACCAGAUCGUUCUUCUCAAGAAUGGUUCUAUGGAGGUUGUUCUAGUGAGGAUGAGUCGCUUCUUCAACACAGAGAACAACACGGUAUUCUUUGAUGGCAAAUUUGCAGGAACUGAAGUCUUCAAGUCUUUGGCGUGUGGUGACUUAAUCGCGGCAGUAUUUGACUUUGCUCACAGCGUGUGUGCUUUAAAGCUCACCGAUCAGCAGGUGGCGCUCUUCAGUGCUUUGGUCUUGAUCAAUGCCGACCGUCCAUGUCUGGAAGACAGAGGCAGAGUGCAGCGAGUGCAAAAAAAUGUGGAGUUAGGUCUCACACAAAUUCUGCACAGGGACAACCGGGACAGUCUAAUGCACAAGUUGUACCAGACAAUGUCCGUGUUACGUUCACUGUGCAGUCUGCACACGGAGAAGUUGCGCUGGUUCAGUCAGCGCUACCCGCUCACCGCCCACUCUCUUUUCCCACCGCUCUAUAAGGAGCUGUUUGCUUCUGAGGCAGAAGUGAUGCUGCUGCCGGGAGCUACACACUGAUGACAACCAAGACCACACACACACACAUUGAAUGAGAUCCAAUACAAUCACUAUCAGAAACUAUGCAAUAAAUAAUUUAUCUGGCUCAGGGUACAACCUGGACUGGUUGACACAAAUGGACCAAAAGCCAUUCACGCCUGUGAACAAUUUAGAGUCUUCAAUUAACAUGCCUGAUCCCAAAAAAAAAAAACCUUCAGAAACUGUCAAUAAAAUCUGAUCAUUACUAUCAUUUUGCUAAAUUCAAAAUAUUUGAUAUGUAUUGGAUCUCAGAAGUUUAUCUGGGUGUAUAUUUUUCGACAGAAUCUAUUUUUAUAUGAUGAAUCAAAAGAUAGCUUGGGAGAACAGAUAAUUCUGUAUUUUGAUAUCUAAACUAUUAGAAUUAUUCCAGAGCUUCUGCUUGAUAAUGUUGUUUCUGAAGACAGUCACGUCUUUGUUUUCUUCACAGUAGGGUUUUGAAAAACUUUUUUUUUUUUUUUUAACUAUUUUGUCUAUUACAACAUAUACAACUUUCAUGAAAUUCACGCGGCAUAUUCAACAUGGUGCUCAGACUGUUAUGAAGUAGCAAAUAUGUCACGUAAACUUGAACGGGAUGUUUAUUGUGGUGAAAGAAAGCUUAGGUUUUCGUUGUCCUUAGCAUUAAAUUCCGCAUUUGAAUCAAACGUGUCGAGGUUAAAAUCUUUCGACAUUUGGUGAGUAAAAAUGCUGACACUGGAAGUACAAGGAAAUGUGUCAACCGCUUUUCUGUUUUGACGGUUAGUAUUAAAAACAUUAAAAAUGUUGAUACAGGGACGAUUCGAUACACUUGAAGUAUUCAAAACUGUUGACAACUAAACGAUAUUGGUUGGCAAUAAUGUUGUCACGUAGACAAAACAAAGGUCGAUUGGGGAAUUGAAAGUGAGUUAAAAAAUAAAUAAAGCCGUGAGUCACUAAGAGAUGAUUAAGAUGAGUCUGACGCAUCACGCAGCUGCUUUUUAUCCGCAGUAAGCAGUUUUGUAAACAAAUGAUUGUGCUGUUACUUUGGCAACUAAUACAGCUUCGCAUUUGUUGUGUUCUUUUUCUCCAACUAUGAAGGGGAAUAUCAUUUAAUGUGCUUUAUCGCUUUAGUGUUUUCAUGCUUGUUUUGUGAAAAUGUUGCUGUUGAGAAUGUGUGUUUUAAUGAGUAAAGCAAAUAAAUCUGAAUAUUGAGCAAC